UAAAGGCCAUGACACUCAUGACAAAAACAACCCUUAGAAUCUGUCCCGAUUAUUUUCGCCUGAAAGAGUAAUCCAAUUAUUAACUUUAGUUUUUAUUUAGUGGAAUUAAUUGAGUGCAACCGACAUCAGAUCCUGUGGACCAUGUUGAUCAGACAGUCUCCAACCGCGUCACCCAGAAGACCCCAGGAUCUCUACGUGUAUGACUUCCAGGAUGCGAGCCACCCCGAGGUGGUGCUGGAUGCCCUGAGAGGCUUCUACUCUGAAGGCCUCUUCACUGAGAUCCUGCACUGCCACAAGGUGGCGCUCUGUGCACGCAGCUCAUACUUCAGGGACAUGUUCACCACUGACAUGAGGGAGAGGACCAACAGCCUCGUCAGGCUGCCAGUGUUGGAAGUGGAGGUUUUGUCUGCCUUGGUAGACUACAUCUACUCCUCCAGGCUCACCAUAACCCAGCUGAACGUGGAGAGCUUGCUGAAGGCUGCUGACCUGCUGCAGUUUGGAGCGGUGAAGAGGGGCUGUGAGGCCUUCCUUGUGCGUCUGCUGGAUGUAGACAACUGCCUCGGCAUGCUGGCGUUCUCCCAGCUCCACGCAUGCUGUACCCUUGAGAAAGAGGCCCGCAGGCUGCUAGUGGGCAGGUCUGAGGAAGUGAUCAAAGAAGAGGAAUUUCUAGAACUGGAUCCCGACACCUUGAGGACUGUCCUAGCAGAGGAGAAGCAGGAAGUGGUGCUGGAGGCAGUGGUUAGGUGGCUGCGUCAUGACCCUCUCAUCCGAACAAAACAUCUCUCCUCCCUGGCCCUGGACAUUAACCCUACAAACCUCAGCGAUUCCUUGCUGAAAAUGUGUAGUUACAAUGAGCUAAAUGACUCUGACAGCAUCCUCUCCAUGUUCACCUUAACACCCAUGUUCAAACAGUCCUCCAUGGGCUUUAAUAGGAGGAGAUCCAUCUCGAAGAUGAUAGUAAUUGGGGGUUACCAUUGGCGGCCUUUGUCCGAGGUUCAGCGCUGGGACCUGUUGAGUGGGGAGUGGGUGCAGGGUGAAGUCAUGCCGGAUCACUCUAAGGAGAGCUAUGCGGUCGCCUUACUGGGCUGUACCAUUUAUGUGAGCGGGGCGUACAGAACCAACUCAACUGAGGUUUUGGAUACAGUCUGGGAGUACAACAGCGAUUCUGACUAUUGGACUGAAGGGCAGCCCAUGUUGACUGCCAGGUACUACCACUGUUCUGUUUCCUGUAGUGGCUGUGUGUAUGUUAUGGGAGGCUACAGAGGAGGUUCAGCGAUGCCACAGACUGAAGCGUUUGAUCCACUGAAGAGGAGGUGGAUGGCUGUAGCUGAUAUGGUGCAAGGAGUAGGGAACGCCUCCGCGACUGUGUUUGGAAGCAACAUCUAUGUAGCAGGUGGUAAUUAUGGCUUCAAAGGCAGCUGCACCUACAACAAGAUCCAGAGUUACAAGGUGAACGUCGACCAGUGGAGUAUCCUAACCACUUGCCCCCAUCCAGAGUACGGGAUGUGCCUGGUGUCUUUGAACAGCAGCCUGUACCUGGUAGGGGGUCAGACCACCCUCGCUGAACGCUUCGACCCACACACAGAAGAAUGGAUCCCGCUUGGCAGCAUGAAGGAGAGGAGGAUAGAGUGCAGGGCGGUGGCCAUGCUGGGCUAUGUGUACGUCACUGGGGGCUAUUCGUGCUCUAAAAGGACCUACCUGCAGAGCGUGGAGAAAUAUGACCCUCACACAGAUACAUGGGACAUAGUCGGAGAUCUGAAAGAAGCAGCACGUUUGCAUGGCUGUAUCUGUGUUUAUAAUGGCAUGUAGUGUAGAAGAAAGCUUCUCUUGGAUUGGAGUGCCAAUAGGGUGAACUGGUUUAAUAGCUCCCAGUUAGGCAGCGAUGUACCAACUGGUUUGAAUUUGAUUAUGUUUCUCCAAACCAGCAGAAUAUACUGGAACUCUGGGGUUAAGGAAAGAAAGAAAAGAAAGUUGACAUUUGGGCAAUACUCACAUUUAAUCUUCUUUUUUUUGCAGAGUCUUAAUAUAAAACCUACCAUCUAGCACCUUUAAAGUUUACAAAUUAACACAGGAAGUCACUGCCGCCAAGAAAAGGUCUGGCAUAAGACCCCUGUUAAACCGCAACACCUCGGUUUUUGUACAGACUUACCAAAAGAGUUAUGACAUGGUAAUUAGUGAGAUUUAAAGGUGCUGCUUAGCAGCUUUUCUUACAUUUGGAAACAGGCUAGUUGUCUUUAUGCUAAGCUAACCGGCUUGUGGCUGUAGUUUCAUAUUUUGUGUAUAGUUUCUUAGAAUACUUUUCAUCUUCUCUUCUAACUCUGAAUAAGCAUAUUACUUUUCGUCACCCCAUGCCCUCUCACUGUCACCAAACGCAACAACUGUACAUUGUGAAUUAGCAAAACCGCUGUAUGGCUACUUUUCCUGGAACUCAAAUUGCCACCUCAUGAGUAUUUAAAAAAAUUAUGUUUUUAACCUUUUUCGACUCAUUUUGCCACAUUUUGGAUACAGUCGAAGAAUGUGACAGGAACUGAUGGCUGGUUUUCUUAUCAAAGCAGGAAAUGUGCAGGUGUAAGUAAUAACAUUAACGAAGGUUCAGUUCUAGCAGUGUUCCGGUGAGCCAUGACCUCUGGGCUUCAGUCCAUUGUUAUGUAGACAGACAGACAGACAGAACUUUUUUCGGCUUUGCUCAAUGAAGUUAAACUCAAACUUGAAACUCUUCCAAUAAAGCCAAUCUGCCUGCCA